AUGUCCUCUCGUCCAGAUCUCAGGGUUGACGAUGAAGUCGGCUUCAUUCGUUUCUACCGUUCCCUUGCCUCGAACAGCAACGAUGAAACUAUCCGCGUGUUUGACCGCGGCGAUUGGUACUCUGCCCACGGCGCUGAAGCAGAGUUCAUCGCUCGCACUGUGUACAAGACAACCUCCGUUCUCCGCAACCUCGGCCGCAGUGAGUCCGGCGGCCUCCCCUCCGUCACCAUGAGCGUGACCGUCUUCCGCAAUUUUCUUCGCGAAGCCCUCUUCCGACUCAACAAGCGCAUUGAAAUCUGGGGCUCUGUUGGAACUGGCAAGGGCCAUUGGAAGCUGGUGAAACAGGCGAGCCCAGGAAACCUUCAAGACGUGGAAGAAGAGCUGGGUAGCGUCGGCGGAUUAAACAUGGACUCGGCUCCGAUCAUCCUAGCGGUGAAAAUCUCAGCCAAGGCCACGGAGGCCAGAAGUGUGGGAGUAUGCUUUGCAGACGCAAGUGUGCGGGAACUCGGUGUGAGCGAGUUUUUGGAUAACGAUAUCUAUUCCAACUUUGAGUCGCUUAUUAUCCAGCUCGGUGUCAAGGAGUGCCUCGUGCAGAUGGACGCUAACAAGAAGGAUGUCGAGCUGGGGAAAAUUCGGACUAUCGCAGACAGCUGCGGGAUUGCUAUCUCAGAGAGACCCGUGGCUGAUUUCGGUGUCAAGGAUAUCGAGCAGGAUCUGACGAGGCUGUUGCGGGAUGAGCGCUCGGCUAGUACGCUGCCGCAGACGGAGUUGAAGCUUGCUAUGGGCUCGGCGGCUGCGCUGAUCAAGUAUCUUGGGGUCAUGUCGGACCCGACUAAUUUUGGCCAGUAUCAGCUCUAUCAGCAUGAUCUGUCACAGUUUAUGAAGUUGGACGCAUCGGCGCUUCGUGCUCUCAACCUUAUGCCUGGUCCGCGAGACGGAUCGAAGUCUAUGAGUUUGUUUGGCUUGUUGAAUCACUGUAAAACGCCGGUUGGGAGCCGCUUGCUUGCGCAAUGGUUGAAGCAGCCGUUGAUGGAUCUGGCGGAGAUCGAGAAGAGACAGCAGCUUGUCGAGGCUUUUGUUGUUAACACGGAGCUGAGACAAACUAUGCAGGAGGAACAUCUUCGCUCCAUACCGGAUCUGUACAGACUGGCGAAACGCUUUCAGCGGAAGCAGGCAAAUCUGGAGGACGUCGUGCGAGUAUAUCAGGUUGCCAUUCGCUUGCCGGGCUUCGUCAACUCUCUCGAAAAUGUGAUGGACGAAGAGUAUCAGACACCCCUCGAGACAGAGUAUACUUCCAAUCUCCGGAGUCACUCUGAUAGCCUAGCAAAACUGGAAGAGAUGGUUGAGACCACAGUUGACCUCGAUGCACUGGAGAACCACGAGUUCAUCAUCAAACCCGAGUUUGAUGAGAGCUUACGGAUCAUCAGGAAAAAGUUAGACAAGAUCCGCCAUGACAUGGGCGUUGAGCAUCGCAGGGUAGGCCGGGAUCUCGACCAGGAGAUGGACAAGAAGUUGUUCCUGGAGAACCACCGGGUACAUGGUUGGUGCUUCCGGCUUACCCGCAAUGAGGCGGGCUGCAUUCGCAAUAAGAGAGAGUAUCAGGAAUGCUCUACACAGAAGAAUGGCGUAUACUUCACUACGUCGACCAUGCAGACUCUUCGCCGGGAGCAUGAUCAGUUGUCCUCAAACUAUAAUAGAACUCAGACAGGACUGGUCAAUGAGGUCGUCAAUGUCGCUACGUCCUACUGUCCUGUUCUGGAACGGCUUGCCGGUGUUCUGGCGCACCUCGAUGUUAUCGUGAGCUUCGCCCAUGCAUCCGUGCACGCACCGUCAUCCUAUGUCCGGCCCAAGAUGCACCCGCGAGGCACCGGAAACACGGUUCUCAAGGAAGCGCGUCAUCCCUGCAUGGAAAUGCAGGACGACAUCUCAUUCAUUACCAAUGAUGUGUCUCUUAUCCGCGAUGAGUCCUCAUUUCUUAUCAUUACUGGUCCCAACAUGGGUGGUAAAUCGACCUACAUUCGGCAAAUCGGUGUUAUUGCUCUCAUGGCUCAGACGGGAUGCUUCGUGCCUUGCACGGAAGCGGAGCUGACCAUCUUUGACUGUAUCCUUGCACGUGUGGGUGCAAGCGAUUCGCAGCUCAAGGGCGUGUCCACUUUCAUGGCUGAGAUGCUUGAAACGUCUAAUAUUCUCAAGUCGGCAACGUCGGAGUCUCUUAUCAUUAUCGACGAGCUUGGACGUGGUACAAGCACCUAUGAUGGAUUCGGCCUGGCGUGGGCUAUAUCUGAACAUAUUGUCACAGAGAUCCGUUGCUUCGGCCUUUUCGCUACUCACUUCCAUGAAUUGACUGCCCUCGCCGACCGUUACCCAAAGUCGGUUAAGAAUCUGCACGUGGUCGCCUUCAUUGGUGAUGGCACCGGUGAUGAUUGUGAAGACAAGAAAUCGAGGCGGAACCAGGUCACUUUGCUGUACCGUGUCGAACCCGGCAUUUGUGAUCAGUCAUUCGGUAUCCACGUUGCCGAAUUGGUUCGCUUUCCAGACAAAGUGGUCAACAUGGCCCGUCAGAAGGCAGAGGAGCUUGAAGACUUUACUUCGUCGGAACAGCAAGGCGAACACUCAUCCAUGGCGAUCGAUGGGUACUCGCAAGAUGAAGUUGAGGAAGGCAAUGCCCUUCUCAAAGCGAUGCUGUUGAAAUGGAAGGCGGAAACUGAAUCCUCCGAUAAGAAGUUAACGGUGGAAGAGAAGCGGCAGAUCAUGCGUGAUCUCGUCAAAGCGGAUGAGAAGCUCCAGGCGAACAAGAUCUUCCAAGGCAUCAAACCAGAUGACAACAUGCUCAUGAACGAUGGAUUGUUGCGGGUAUUUUGGCCGUAUGACCUUCCUCGGUCGUCAUCGCAAGGAGUGAUUGUUGGGUGGAAGAACUCGGAGCUCGACCUGUUCGUAUUGACGGUCUUGGAGGAUGUGGAGCCUCGGAAUGUCGAUAACGCCUUGCGUGCCGGGAUCCUUUUUCGCAACAGCCCCCAUCCGAUUGUGAGGAUAUUUACGCUCUGUGGCAGAUCUGCCAUGCAUGUGCUGGGGACGACCAACCCGCGAGAGCCAUCUACAGCGUUUAAUCCGUCACAUCUAUAUGUGAACACGCAUCCGUCGUGUAAGGUCCCUCGAAUAUACUGUCCGCCAGAAACGAAUAUGUCUGUUCAGGUUAUCAUGUUUCAUCGCCCGCAUCCCACCCGAAUGGAGUAUAUGUCGCUAGAGCCAAUCUCUCUUGCACUUGGCGAUAAGGUUUUUGCUGCGGAUAAAUCCGACUCUGUAUCCGAUAAGAUUGAUACAGACGAAGAACGGGAUAAGGUUAAGUCGCAGAAACUGGUUGAGAAGCUCAAGCUGCAUACUGUUGUUAAGCAUGUUCCGUCGUACAAAGAGCAGGCACUGACUCUCAUUAUCAACCAAGUGAAUUGCGCCUACGAGAUGGGGAAGCUCAUGGAAAAGAAUAGUCACCUAAUUGGAAUUCGUGUCAAGAGGAGUAUGAGCGUUGGUGAGCGCGUUGUCGAAUCAGCAACGACCUUAUGGGAUCUUUCCGUCCUCGGUGUUUCCUAUGUGUUCUGGCAGUGGCUUUGGCCUGUUGUCACACGAGUUUUCGUUAUUGGCCUUGUGUUUCAUCGGACAAUUGCUGAGAUCGUACUCCAGGUUUUAGAGUGGCGCGCUCGGCCCGAUGCAGCAGCUCUGAAAGACAUCUCUGCCACAGCCCAGCAAGUUGAUAUUCGGCUGCAGCAGUUCUGCUAUUGGCCUAUUCAAUACGUUAAGCUGCGUCAGAGAAAGGAUAAUUGGGAAAGUGUGACAACCAGCCAUCCAGACUAUAUUCGGUUCUACAAUAGUCUGUGGCUUGUCGCAAACGAUGUGAUUAUUGGUAUUGCGUUGGGCUCCUACAUCAUUGACAAUGCGAACUGGGUGGCUUUCCAAAUAAACAUCAUUCUUACCGGCUGGACUGUAGAAGGGUUGCAGCGUACCAUCUCCUGGCUGAUGGACUGGCCGGCUGGGUUGAAGUUGAACAAUGAGCUUGCCGCUUUCCUGGGCGAUCUGUUUCUGUGGGUUAUAGAAAACUGGGCUGAUCUUGUCUCUAUACUAACGGUGCACAUUUACUCUUUCUAUAUCGCCUCUGCCCGCAUCUUCAACUGGCAACUAACUAUUAUCAUAUCCCUUUUCCACCUGUUCCGUGGUAAGAAGCGGAAUGUACUGCGCAACCGUAUAGAUUCAUGCGAUUACGACCUAGAUCAACUCCUCAUUGGUACCAUUUUGUUCACGGUACUUUUCUUUCUUCUUCCAACCAUCAUCGUUUUCUACCUCGCAUUCGCAACCGCUCGGAUGUCAAUCAUAUCAGUGAAAGCAGCUCUCGAUACAUGCCUCGCAUUCUUGAACCAUUUUCCUCUCUUUGCACUAAUGUUGCGAGUCAAAGAUUCGCGAAGGUUGCCAGGCGGCAUCCACUUCGAGCUCCGCGAAGAGCACGACAAAUCCCUAAACUCCGACUCGACCUCUACGGUACCAUACAUCCACCUUGAGUCCAUCCCACUAACUCUCCGUGCCAUGUUCGACCAAUACUUCCAACUAGGCCACCGCCUCCGCAAACACUACCUUUCGCCACGCGUCAUCUUCUGCCUAGUAACCGGCCGCUUCGUGCCCCCCAUCCACCGCCGCAACCUGUACAGCAUGCAAUACAGUAUGCUUCCUGCGCGUCGGUCCGGAAUGGCCGAGGUGUGGUCCUUGUUGACCCAGCCUCGGAAAGUCAAUAGUAGCAGCGGUAGUUCCUCUACCAUGGGCGGGGGGAUAGGUACAACGGCGAACGGGUUACUCAAAGUUCCGAGCGGGUUUGGUCAGGGUGAUAUGAGAAGACGAGGACAUCGGUGA